AUGAAGGGCAAUAAUACCAACCAAUUGAUAGGUGAAGAAGACACUUUAGCUAAAGGCGGUCAAUGCAAAUCGCUGCUGAGCGGCAGGUUUAGUUCCUUCCUUUCCUUUAACAACUGGAGAACAACACAACUCAAUUUGCUCAACAUGGCGAAGAAGCGCAAAAACAUGGUGAAGAAACGCCAGAAGACUUCGCGUUUUGCACCAUCUGCUGAAGAUGAAUCCAAUUUUGACGAGGAAGAGGGCAGUGGUGAAGAGGGCGGUGGUGGUAUCGAAUUAGACGAUCAAGCUCCAAAUCUUUCUGAUGAAGAUGAGGGUAAAAAGUCAAAAGGCCCAAAGACGAGAACCAAUGAGAAUAAAAAGUGGGGUACUCUCAGCUACGCAGAGGGAAUCAAUUCAAGUCUUCCUCCACUUACCACUGCCACGGAAUUUUUGGAGGGCUUAAUUGACGAAUUGUUGAUCGGAGGGUUCGAAGACGUUAUUAAGCACCUCAAUGGCCGGCAUUUGCGCGUCGCCACCGCAUGUUCCGGCACUGAAGCACCCAUCCUGUUUCUGAAGUCAUUUUCCGAAGGUUUAAGGAAAAGAGGUUACCAAUUCGAAAUCGAGCAUGUCUUCUCAUGUGAAAUUGAUCCGGCUAAACAGUCUUACAUUCGUCGAAACUUCCCUGGCGUUCCUAUUUUCCGUGAUCUCACAGAAGUCUUUGAGUGGGAGGGUAACCCUGAAAAGAUAGGGUUUAUGACUACUGCUUUUGGUACAACGCAUGCGCUUCCAGCGCCGGGUACAGUUGACGUCAUCAUCGUUGGUACUUCUUGCACCAGUUAUUCCAAUUUGAACGGCCAAAAGAGUAUGGAUUUGGAGAGAGACCAAAAUGAAUCCUCGCGGACUUUCCGCGCAUAUGUUUUGCUUACUGAGUAUCUAAAGGCAAAGAUCGCUAUCAGCGAAAAUGUCCAAGGUGGUCCUUUCCCGGCUAUGAUUGAAAUGCUGGGCAAUCAUGGUUACAUUGGAGGCUCAGCAAACGUCGAUAGCAAACAUUAUGGCAUUCCCCAAACCCGCCAACGCGGCUAUCUCGUUGCCCUCCUUGAAUCCUCUCUGGGAGGACCUGAUGAUGUAGUAAAGCACCAAAAUGCAGACACAUGGAAAAAAUUCUUUGCUGCCAUGAAAGAAAUGUGCUCGCGCGAUGCUAGCAGUGAUGUUGAGCAGUGGAUGGAGCCAUCUGAUUCGAAGCCGCUCCGUGCUCAGGUCGAAUGUCAAGUUGAAUCACGUUCGGUCGCAAAGUGGGAUACGUGCCAUACGAGGCAUUAUGAUUAUCGUGUCGCGCAGGGCUUCGGUCCUGAGAAGCCUAUUACCAAUUGGCGCAGUACGGGCAAAUUUGUUCAUCUCGAUCAUUGGCCCCGUAAUCUCAAAGGCUUUGUAGAGCGUGUUCACGACGUUACUGAUAUCAGCCAUUUGCGUGGCAUAUGUCGAGGUUAUGAUGACCGUUACCUCAGUCGAAACAUCGAUUUGUCACAGAACGUUUAUAUUCAGCAUGAUAACGUGAAGUGCGGUCUCAUGCCUUGCUUGACACCAAGCGGUAUCAUGUGGAAUACUGCACGCGGUAGCAAGCUUAGUGGUGAAGAAUAUCUUCGCCUCCAAGGAAUUGAUACUGAUAGUCUUGAACUUGGUGGUAUUUCUCAACAAGACUUGAGAAACCUUGCUGGCAAUGCGAUGACAAUCACAGUAGUUGGAAGUGUAAUGUCGUUUGCGCUUCUUAAGUACUUCUCAAUGCUCACUCCCGGUGACGGCGUCAAAAGUUCAGUCCAGGACAGAGUGACAAAGACUUUCCGUGGUGGAGAAGACAUGCUUAACUCAUGUGAAGAUAUUACGGUUGUUCGACAGCCUUUCACUGUUAGAGAAUGUAUUCAUCUCGUUGAGUCUUCUGCGAAAUACUGCUAUUGCGAAGCACAAACUGAUAUAUCACGAUCGACAAUUGUCAAAUGCAAGAACUGUGGGCAUGUUUCAUGUACAACCUGUGGGGUUAAGCCGCGUCAUGCCUACAAACCUUUGGGCCAGUUUAUUGGCCCUCGAGGUACCAAGGGUAUAACCCCUCGUAAUUCGCCUGCGUCCGUUGAGUUCAAUAUUGCUGAACGUCUGCCAAUGAUAAUUUCAAUAUCGGGAUUGUUCGCCUCGGACUGCCAAGUUUUAUCGAUCAUCGAAGAGGUUGCUAGAGGUGACAUUGAUCAUGAUCAAUGGGCUGCCUUGCGCAUGCCUUUUCUAAAAUGCCUCCAAUCGACAGUCAGGUUUCAGAGGCCAGCUCGAUCUUUUGCUUGGAAUUUUACAUGGCUUUCGGAGCACGCCAGAUUAGAGUUAUCUAUUAGCAACAAUAAGAUUCAAUGGGUUCUAUACGCUUUUCCACCUCCUUCGACUGCUGUUAAUAGUUCGUUGAGGAAAUAUCUUACAAAAUUUCCUCUCGCAAGAACAGUACCUAUUUACACAUCUGCUGACAGCUCAAGAAGCAUUUUCGAUUGCACAUGGCAGAUAUGGCAGCCAAAGAUUCGCACCGCCCAGGCGGCUAUCAACUACAGCGGUGAACUCAUUUUUACUUAUGAGAACUCAAUUGGUCUUCCUGCCUGGAAAGGAGAUCUUAUAUUCUCAAAGAUAGCCAUUCAGAUCCCAGAUGAUCAACCCACGUUCAAGGAAAUCAACGGUGUUUAUCGAGCGCAUCCGGAAUGUCAACAGGCUUUUAAUAGCUAUCAUUCCAAGCAGGGCACUGUCGGAGGAGACAAUAACAUGCAUUUUUUCUACGAUCACGAAGGAGGCACAGGGGACUGGAACAAGCAUGGAUUCGUCUUCACUUACGAUCGGACACGCAAAGAAUGCGGGGUAUACAGGCAAAUCGUCGCUGCGCUUUGCACCUCGUGGGAACAACCCAUAGCAAAAGAGAUCGAGGAGGGUGUUUAUAAAUGUGGAGAUACCAUCUACGAAGGUCUUCCCUCGUUAAAAAAAGGAAUGAGCGAAACUGUCGAGAUUACCUCCUUUGGAAGCUGGACCACAACACCCAGAAUCAUCAGCCCUAUGGCUACCAAGUUGCCCGACAGGUCUUCUAUGGUUUUAUACGAGAAGCUCAACUCCUCUAACCCAAAGCUUCUUCUCGAGACUGAUUGCAAAAACAUGCUUAGUGCAUUUUCUUGCAAAGCAUAUACGAAUGUGAUACCUUCUUAUUGGGAACCAGAUCAUUGGAUCAAUGUUACCAAGCAAAACGGUACCCAUUUUUUCAAGGGUUGUUAUCAUCUGUUAGCUCGUGGCUUAGUUACUCAAGGAAUUAAUGAGGCUGAUCCGCCUUGGAUUCCGUGCAACAAACAGGGCGAGUCUUCAUGUCGGUGUGACGAUUGUGCACCACCCAAACCGGAUAUGCUAUGGUGUCUGAAGAGAAAUGGCCAAAGGAUUCAACAAACGCCAUUCGAAAAUCCACCAGCAGCUGCAAUCUUUGAGACUUUGAUUAAGAAUGCGCCACCAUCAAUGCAGCAAUGGGUCAGAUUCCUCAAUAAAGAUGGCUUCUUUCAAUUUGAGUAUCAAUUCCUGAUCAACCCCGCGGCUUUGUGUCAUCAAGCGGCUGGGCUUCUCAAUUUGUUUCCACGUCCAGAGAUUCCUGUACAUCUCUCGUGGCGUUUCCUUCCUGGAGCUUGGGGGAGCCGUAAAUUGCCAACGCGGAUGUUUUCAUAUUUCAAUACAGAGACCUUGAAGAUGUCAAUACAGCCACCUACGUUUGUUCCAGGAAAGAAGCUCCGCAAUGAGCAACUCAAAACUCUGGCAUGGAUGGUAAACCAAGAGAGGCACCCACCUUCUUUCAUGGAGAGAGAGGUUGUUGAAGCUUGUCAAAAUGACUUGGCAUUCAGACUUGAAGGCCGAGCUUCUCGAAUGGUAGAGCACCGUGCCGGACUAAUUGCUGCUGCUGUUGGAUAUGGCAAGACGAUUCUUACUUUUGCUUUAAUGAGCAGGCAGCGUAACGUCGAUCGCCUAUGGGCCAACGCCCCUAAUACCAAUGGCCAAAUUCAAGUCAAAGCAACACUGGUUCUGGUGCCAACGCAUCUAACUUUACAGUGGAGAGAUGAGUCAUGCUUGUUCUUCGGUUAUGAUGCCAAAGAUGAUGCAAGAAUUAUAACGCUCAGAGCAUAUACAGACGUCAGGGCUCUGACUGUUGAAGAUGUUCGGAGAGCAGAGCUAGUCAUUUGCAGCUCUGGCCUUUUCGAUAAUGAAGGGUACUUGAAACUCAUGGCCAAGAACGCUGGGGUUGUUAAUUUGGCCAAAGGCGCGACUGACAGAGCUAAGGAAGCUUGGUAUCUUAAUGCUCGGACAGAGAGACAGGAGCUCUUGGCGUAUCUCUUGGAAAGACUCCCAAUGGAAGUAAAUGAAAACGACAAUGCAGCUUCCGCCCGAAACGCUCAAAUUAUCAAUAACUUCAACAAGAAGACUUUUCAGAAAUACAAGAAGAAUGUUGCGGAUGCAGGGGUUAACGAGCCACAUAUUCCUUCAAUGCGGCGUAAGGGCGCAGAACUUGUUAAAUAUCUUAUGGAGGAAGCCAAGAGAGAUUUCAAAGGCAAGGGCAAACCUAGAACCAAUGUCUUGAUUGAUGAGGCAGACGCUGAGAAGACGUUCGAGUUCCACUACUUUGAAGAAGACUGUGUUGAUGGUCUUACUGGGGUAUGUUUGUCAGAUUUUGCCUGGUCUCGGUGUGUCAUAGAUGAGGUAGGCUACAUAACCCGCAGGAAUAUGCAGGUGGCUAUAUAUUCACUGAAAGCUCACUCCCGGUGGGCCUUGUCAGCAACACCCGACAUUACUGAUUUUAAAUCAACUUCAAGAAUUGCCCGGUGCCUUGGCAUUAAUCUUGGUGUCGACGACCAGGAAACAAUCCGCAAUGAUAAGAAUCUGACUAGUACGGAAAGAUUUUUGUCCUAUGGACCUGACGCAUCGGCAACCUGGCAUUCUCAAAGGCUUCAAGUUGCUCAGGAAUUUUGCGAUACUUUCAUCCGCUACGACGCAAAAAAGGGAAAUGGGCAAUACAAUCGUCUCCACCGUUUCAUUGUUUUGCCAUUUGCCACAGCACAAUUGGCAUCUUACCUCACUGUCAGAGCCGAUGUUAUUAACCAGAGUUACAUGAUGCCAAGAGCUAAAGCUAACACCAUCCGAAGUUCAGUCAAAAUGGAAAUCUCAAAAGUUUAUGGCAAGGAUACAGACGGUAGAUUGAGAUUGACGAAAGCCGCAUCAUUCUUCCCGGAGCACGCUGCAAAGAAUCCCAAAUAUAAACUUAAGACUAUCAAAGACUUGAAAGCAACUGCGCUCAAAGAAAUCAAUGCUGCGAAAGACUAUUUGCGCCGACAGAUGGAGUUCCUCGACUAUCUGGUGACAGAGAAAACGGUCAUUAAUGAUGCUGAAUUGGUUCUUAGAUAUAAGAACUGGGAAAAUCAAGUUCUGGGCGGAUACCGUUACCCCGACCCUGACGCUCUUCUUGACAUCCUCCAAGUCAUCAAAGGCGUUCGAAGGGCAAAGGCUAGUAAGACCAAAGCUGACUUUUACUAUGAAGAUCCUGAUCCUGCUUAUGGUCGCCGUAUCUGGCCUUCUCAAACCGAGAAAAUUUUGCACAACGGUCGAAAGACGCUUGCCCUUAUUGCCCAUUUUAAAACAGGACUCAUCGAAGUGCACAAGACUGCUAUGUACCUUAUUCAAUUCAGAGCGGAUUAUCGCUAUUAUAGGUCUGUGGGGCAGAUUGAUCGAGCUGGCAGUAUAACUCCUACAGGGGAUCUCACUUGUAACUUUUGCAACAAGAGCUCGCCUUUGGACGAAGCUGUUAUUCAAGGUAACUGUGGCCAUAUCUUAUGCUCGAAAUGCAACAAAAUCUUAUCGGAAGGCAAUUGCCCAGUCGAACACUGUGGUGGGCAAUCACUAGAUGAUCAAAAGUACUUGGCGUCAUCCUUGUAUUCUUCAGCUGGAAAAUUUCCCGGGCGCAAAGAACCAGGAACUGAACCAGACGAGCUUUCUCGAUUCUGGAACAACCCAAGUGUUCGAGUCGACAAGCUGACAGCUAUGCGUUCGAUCUUCUGGAAGCACGAUGACGGCGAGAAUAAAUUCAUUGUAUUCAGUCCUCUACCAGAGAUUUUAGUCAUAGCUCAGAAAAUGAUGGAAGCUGAUGGUAUUCCUUGUAUCAACCUGAAGGGAAAGAAGAAGGACGUCGCUGAUUAUCUUGAAAACUUCAAGAAAAACAGAGGCAUGCGAUACAGGGAUGAAAAAAAACAGGCCAAGCCCAAAACACCUGCACAAAUCAAAGCAGCAGAAACUAGAGCUGCAAAAGUAAAAGCUGUGAAGGCUGCAAAGCUUGCAGAAGCGGCUAGUGCGCCAAUUGAUAUUGUCGCUAUUCCCGUUGAUGCGAAUGCUAUUCCUGGUAAUGCGGCAACAGCUUCUAUUGAGCUAAGCAUUCGGGUCAAUCCCAUUUCUCAAAUUCCCCAAAAGAGAAAGAGAAAAGCCGGAGCCACAAAUGGUAAAGCCAUAGAAGUUGAAGUAGAAUCUGUUCAAAUUGCACCAGUUGACAGUGACGCUACUCCAGUCAAGUCUACAUCAGCUUUUGUUGAUACGAACAUUCAGGUCAAUACAGCGUCUCAAGGUUCCCAAAAAAGAAAAAGGAAUGAUCCUGUCGACGACACUCUAAUGGUUCCGGUUUCCAAAGUUCGCCGUGUUGCCUCACUAGAUUCAGCUAAUCAAACCCCAAUUGCUUCGGGUUCCACACCUGUUUCAGAUUCUCAAGGUGCUUCGAUCGUUCACGGAGAUAUGAUGAGCGGUCCAAAUCCCGAUCUUGAUUCAUUCCGUACCGAGUGGAGAGCUGAGCUUAAUACUACUUCUGAGUCCGGUCCUUCUGCGCCAAUUGCAACACAAACCCCUUGCUCAACUCGUCCUGUGCCACACGUAACAAGACAGCCUCAAUUGACCGCUGAAGAUUACAUGAUGACGACUGGAUUGGGAUAUGAGGUUGAUAAUGCUGGCACUAUUAUUUACGCGGACCAGGAUAACCUUAUUCAAGCUCAUGAACUCGUUGAUGAUGACGAUGUAGUUUAUGAUGCUCCUUCGCCCUCAUUCCCUGUCUCAAAUCGCACUCGAUCAGCGAAAGAGACGAAAAAGGCCAUAAAGGCAUGGAUGGCUAACAGCGAGAAGGUCGUCAACUAUCCACCACUUGAUUUUUCUGAGCUCGAAGACAUCAAGAAAGCCACUGCUCCAGAAGCCCGUAUAUGUAAUUCUCUCUCAGAUGAUUUACCUGUGGAUUGGGCUCGCGUUGGUAAGGAGGCGCUUGAUCCUGAAGACUUUGCUGAGAAUCCUGAUCCUACCGCUCGUAUCUUGUUCCUCGACAUUGCCGACGAGUCUGCUGCCGGAUCCAAUUUAACUGUCGCUAAGCAUAUCAUCUUCUUGACUCCUUACUAUGCUGAAAAGCAAAAGUACAAUUCUUCAAUGACUCAGGCAAUGGGCCGUGCAAUUCGUCAUGGUCAAGAACCAGGUGGCACUGUGACUGUGCACCAUUUACUUAUUCAGGAUUCUGUCGAGACUGAUAUUGCUUUCGAACUUAUGGACGAUCAAUUUCCAGGAAGGGUCAAUGCAACGGAUUUACUUGCUAAGCACAAAUCUAACAUUGAGCUUGCCUUUUUCUAUAGAUAA